AUGAAACCAAAUAAUCUACCUCUCUUCCCCACCCUAGCUGUUGAACUUGUUGAACUCAUCGCCGAUCACGCAGAAAGUCAGAGCUUACUCGCCCUCCGCCUUGUCUGUCGCGACCUCCAAAAGAAGACAUUCCAUCACUUCGCACGCAGGUUCUUCUCGUCAAUAAAAACCGACUUAUCAGAAGAAAGUCUCGUUCGGAUCAACGCGCUUUCACAAAAUGCAGCUUUACGACCAUACAUUCAUGGCCUGGCAUUCAUGCUUCAGAAUGGUGUCGGUCGCGGCCUUGUUUGGGAUCGCCAUCCUUGGGGUCCACUGUCCGCUCCGUUAGAAGUUGAUGAAAUACGCCAUCUGCGAGAUAACUUGGUCAAGUACCUCACCAACUGUCGCUCGUUCUACAUUUUCUGUCGAUAUCCCGAGGGUCACCCAGACAUGAGCCACGUCACUGUCACAGAUGCAGUCGCAGUGUUCUUCGCGCUGGUCGUGGAUGCCCGACUGCCUGUCUCAUCAUUUCACCUCAUCUACGCAAAUAAGCAUUCACGGACAUUGAUUAUGGAUAUGCGGCGAAUACCGAAGAUGCUCUACAGACAGCCGCAGUUCAAAAUUGUCUGGUCAAAUUUGCAAAAACUAUCGCUGGAACAAUAUCUUACCCUGGACAACUUUGGAUUUUUACUUGAACUGGUACUCAGCGCUCCAAACCUCACGACUCUCCUAUUAAAUUUAGGGUCUCAGGAUCUGGCGUGUGAGUUCAUGCAUGAACUUGCCGAAACAGCCGCAUUCCCUAAGUUGCAAGAACUGGCUCUAUUCAGGACUUCCAUCAGAGCACCAGAUCUGAUGAGAAUUCUCGGCGGGUUGCGAGGGAAUCUUACGGCGCUUACCUUAUACCAUGUGUCCCUGCCGGACAAUAACUGGACUGCCGUUCUGAAACAACUAAGUCAAGGCUUUACUACGCUGAAGACAAUCUCGCUUUACUAUCUAUGGGCGACCGAUCCGACAAAGGAACUUCUUGCAUUCCCAGAUAUCCAUAAAUCACCUGCUUUGUCCGAUAUGCCAGGUCGAAGCUUACACACGUUUUACUCGGAGGAUCUGAAAAGCCCUUCUGUUCUUGGAAUCGAAUAUUCCGGGACGAAGAUGUCCCAAAUCUUAAGCUUGCUGCAGAACACAACUCUUCCCACCUGA